GGAACGUUGGGAACUUUUUGCAUUAAUUGAAAUAACUUUCGUUUCUUUCAUGUCAAUGUCAUUCUUGACAACAAUUCGUACUUAUGUCAAAAAUAGGUAUUUCCCAAAAUUACAGUAAAAUUAGUCGAUUUGUUUUUUUCGAAUUUUUUCAUUAGUGGCUCCAGAUAAUAUUUGAUUCAUAUCAGUAUGUACAUAAUAUUCAUACAAACAGAAUCAUAAUGUUCAUUUCCAAAAUAAAGAAAAUAUGAAAAGAACUAAGAACCUGAAUAAUUGUUUAUAAUACUAGAGUUCUCUCUGAUAAUAACUGAUUUUACUUUGCAAUUGACGAAAGUUGAAUUAACUAUUAAGAAACCACAAUACCUAUUUAACUAUGCCCUGUAUAAAGUGCAAAGCAGAUUUCAAUUUGUUCAAUUGGAAAAUUAAAUGUGGUGAAUGUGAUGAGAAAUUUUGUGCUAGUUGUCUCAAAAAAAGAGAUGGAUUUUUCUUUUGUGAAACUUGUAUCACACUACUGAAAAGACCUCCAGAUCGUGGAAAGUUGAUGGAACUCAAACCCAAAGACCUCCAAGAUUACCUUAAGAGGCAUAAUAUUUCAACUCACGGACUUGUAGAAAAACAAGAAUUGGUUGAUUUGUUUUGUAGCAGACCUAUUCCUGUGAAGCAGAGAAAGGGAACAGAUAUAUUUACUACAAACUUAGCAUAUUCUUUGCAAAAUCUCAAAGAAAAUCCAGCCUUGGGGAAGUUUUGGGGAUCAGAGUCGUUCUUUGCAACAAGUGAUAGACAUCAAGCAAGCCCUUCCAGUAACUAUCAGGGAUCGUCAAAUGCACCAAAACCCCCUCCUAGAAGGAGAUCUCCCAGAAAUUCACCAACAUCUACCUCUGCCCAAUUUCAACCUUCGUCUUCUUCUUCAUCACAAUCUAGUAAUGCUAAUGUAGUGCCGCCAGAAGGAAACAGUCAGUCUCCAUCAACUAGCUUUGAUAAUACCUUAGGUUCUGAAUGGGUUUAUGUGAACUCGGAAGAGGCCCAGAACGAUAUUCCUCAGCCAAAGCAGACUCCCGAAGGUAGUCCCCUUCGUCCGAAGUGUCCAAAAUUAAGUGAAAUAACCUCUGAAGCAGAUUUGAACAAAUUAACUGCCAAACAACUGAAAGUAUUACUGUCCCUGAACCGGAUGGAUUACAAAGGUUGUGUAGAAAAGACAGAACUUCUCGAAAAAGCUGCUACUCUUUGGAGGGAAAGCCAAAAUAAAGAUUUACCAGAUAACCUCGAAGAUCUGUGCAAACUUUGUAUGGAUGCUCCAUUGGAAUGUGUUCUGCUAGAAUGUGGCCACAUAGCAACGUGUGUUGAAUGUGGAAAGAAACUAGCCGAGUGUCCUAUUUGUAGACACUAUGUGAGCAGAGUUGUUAGGACAUUUAAAGCAUAAUAGAUUUCCAAAUUUCCUAGAUUUUCAAGAUCGAAACUUCUCUGGAUUAUUCGUGAAAUGUUGUACGAGAAUUGUUCAAAUGUAGAAUGUUGAUAACGUUUUUCCAUAAAAAUAUUUUGACAAAUCUACUUAACUAACUUCUGUUCGAGGUGUUUAAGAGUGGACAAAAUCAUUCCUAAAUGUUUCAGUGUUAAGUAUUUCAGUAGUGAAAAUUCAAUGUUUAUAGAUCAAAUGAAAUCUAUAUAUAUAUAUACAUAUUUUUAGAAAAGUUUUAGUUUUGUUUAUAUGCCAUUUAAUGAGUGGCAGUAAUAGUUUUUUAUGUUUAUCGAAUUCAUUUUAACAUAUAUCUCCAACAUAUGUUUUGUGGUUUACCGGAUGAGUCGUAAAAUUGUUUACACUUUUGUUAAAUUAUUCAUAGCUGUAACUUUCAAAAUUGUUCUUAUAUUCUAGUUAUCUAUCUAAAAAUCUGUGAUUAAAAAAAAUAAAUUUAAUAAUUCAUAUAUUGAAGAUUGAUUGAAUAAAUAUGUAUAGAAACUUG